AUGUCAAUGACAUGCCAGAAUCUUGAGUUUGGAAGAACAAGGUUGGGAUUUGUGGUUAACGUGUGCUCUUUUAAUGUCUAUCUUGAUCGCAUCUCAGUAAUAAAUCGUGUUAACGAUAUGCUUAUGAAUGUCAGUGGAGGCUAUAAGGGUAAAAAAUUGUGGAGCAGCCAGACGAAAAUUGGUCCAUGUCAUGUGUUUUCAACAAACACUACACAAGCUUUGCUCAAUGGGGUUGCUGUAGAUCAUCCACCGACUAAUUUUUUUGAAGUGGUUGCAGAAGACAUCCAAAUGAUGAAUAAAAAUCUUCAGUCGAUGGUUGGCGAAGAAAAUCCAAUUUUGAUGUCUAGUGCUGAGCAUAUCUUUGGAGCUGGUGGCAAGAGGAUGAGACCAUCUUUGGUUUUCUUAGUGUCAAGAGCGACCACUGAGAUCGUUGGCUUGAAGGAACUUACGAAAGAACAUAGACAGUUAGCUGAGGUUAUCGAAAUGAUCCACACCGCGAGUUUGAUACAUGAUGAUGUACUAGAUGAAAGCGACAUGCGAAGGGGAAAGGAAACUCUUCAUCAAUUAUAUGGUACACGAGUAGCUGUGCUGGCUGGAGAUUUUAUUUUUGCUCAAUCAUUGCAGUACCUAGCCAAUCUUGAAAAUUUUGAAGUCAUAAAGCUUAUCGGCCAGGUCAUCAAAGACUUUGCAAGUGGUGAAAUGACGCAAGCAUCUAGUUUGUUUGAUUGUGAUGUUCAAUUGGAUGAGUAUUUGAUGAAGAGUCACUACAAAACAGCCUCUUUGAUUGCUGCAAGCACCAAAGGAGCUGCCAUUUUCAGUGGGGUCGACAGUGAAAUUAGCGAUCAGAUGUAUCAGUUUGGAAGUGACCUGGUGAAAGGAAAUUUGACUGCACCAGUAAUAUUUGCUCUAAAGAAGGAGCCUAAGUUGAGGGAUAUAAUUAAAUCUGAUUUUUGUGAGUUGGGUUCUCUUGACGAGGCCAUUGAUAUUAUCAAGAGUUGUGGAGGCAUUGAUAAGGCACGAGAGUUGGCAAAAUUGAAAGCUGAUUUAGCACUUGAGAAUCUACAAUGUCUACCUUCGACUACUUUCCGAUACACACUUGAAGAGAUGGUGAAAUAUAACUUAGAGAGAAUUAAAUAA